GAUUAAGGAAAACGUACUCAAAACAAUAAACGAUCUCGUCGUCUGCUGCACCCUGUUCCUGUAGCCAUUCUGCAUGAGGGGGUUGUUUCUGGUUUAGGAAAGCAUGAAUAACUCAUGGAGGCAAAGAGAGCUUGUAUUUCUACUUCUGUAUGCAGUUAUCUUCUACAUUAUCAUCAUUCGUGAUUCUCUCCAGCUGUCCCAUGAUCAUUACAACAAGCUUUAUGGUUUGCGACCUGGAUUGAUCUCGAGUCGGCUUAAUGAUGCCUCUGAUGCACAAUGGAGAAAUUUCCGCAGCAAUUUGCCCAUUCUUACCUUUGUUUUUGGACUUCUCACAUUGAUCGCUAACAUAUUGAGGACAUGCUAUAAUUUAAAGGCAGAGGGGAUGUCCGUUGUUUGGCUUUUGAUUUCAUUGACAUAUUUGUCAUAUCUACAUGGAGCAUUCAUUUUUUUUAUCCUCUUAAUCACAUCAGCCAAUUUCCUUUUGGUUAAGAUAUUUGGACGGACAAAAUACUUCUCAUUUGUACUUUGGGUGUUCAACCUAUCAUUUCUUCUUUGUAACCGUGUUUACGAGGGAUACUCAUUCACGAGUUUUGGAGAACGUUGGGCUUACCUGGAUAAAUUCAGGGGUACCUUCAGAUGGCAUAUUUGCUUUAACUUCGUUGUUUUGCGCAUGAUAAGCUUUGGGUAUGACUACCACUGGUCAGAUCACAAUGUGCAUGUUGAUCAAGAGAAGCACAUUCAACACUGCAUCAACUGUUCUUCAGGAAAACCAUGCUACAGAAUGUUACAGGAGAGAAGUGUGGGGAGUGACAAGUGCUCAUAUACUAUAUACCUAUGUUAUCUGCUCUAUGCACCUCUCUAUAUAGCUGGGCCCAUCAUAAGCUUCAACGCAUUUGCCUCCCAGUUGGAUACACCUCAGAAGAGUUAUACCCUCAAACAGGUGUCUUGGUAUGGUUUUCGUUGGGUCCUUAGCCUGUUCCUUAUGGAAAUAAUGACACACUUCUUCUAUUACAAUGCCUUUGCUAUUAGUGGAAUCUGGAAACAAUUAUCACCUAUGGAGGUCUUCAUUGUCGGAUAUGGGGUCCUAAACUUCAUGUGGCUCAAAUUUUUUCUCAUCUGGCGCUACUUCCGCUUUUGGGCACUGGUAAGUGGUAUUGAAGCCCCUGAGAAUAUGCCACGCUGUAUAAAUAACUGCUACAACUUGGAAAGCUUUUGGAAAAACUGGCAUGCUUCCUUUAACAAGUGGCUCGUGAGGUACAUGUACAUUCCCCUUGGGGGAUCUCGAAGGAAGCUCUUGAACGUGUGGGUUGUCUUCACAUUUGUUGCCAUAUGGCAUGAUCUUGAAUGGAAACUUCUUUCAUGGGCAUGGUUGACAUGCAUAUUCUUUAUUCCUGAAAUGAUUGUGAAAUCAGCAGCGACUUCUUAUCAGGUCGAUAACGUUUUUAAGGAGUUUAUUUUCCGUGAGCUUAGUGCAGUUGCUGGUGCUAUCACAAUCACUUGUCUCAUGGUGGCUAACCUUGUUGGGUUUGUGAUUGGACCAUCAGGCAUAAGUUGGCUAAAGUCUGUAUUUCUUCAGGCCGAAGGACUACCUACUCUUUUUGGCUUGCUUGUAACAUUUUAUGUUGGCACAAAGCUUAUGUUCCAUGUAUCUGAUACCAAGAAAAGAACGCAUCAGAGUUAAGGAACACGGCGGGUCCCUCUCCUUUGAGCUCGAUCAGAAUACAUUGAAUCAAUCAUGUUUGAUUCGUACGAUAACUUUUGGUUCGUAUGGAAAUGAAUAAAUGAUGAGUGUUGCAAAUGGUAGAAAAGUCUUGACUGAAUUGUAUGGCUUUGUUGCCCAGGAAAAGGGAGAGAAUUGGAUGGUUAAAUAGACAGGAUUUUGUGGUUUAACAUGUUUGAGUUUUGAUAGUCAAAUGAUUUUAUAUGUUUAGACGGUACUUUGUUUGGUGAGCAUAGUUUUUGAUGUGAUUACAAGGGUAUAAUUGU